AUGUCAUCAACUACGCCUUUCUCCCCUCACGGACUCAUCAAGACUCCUAUGCAGCAGCAGUUUUACAACAGAGCUCACCUUGCGAAUGUCUCUACUGGUAUAGCCGAUCCCAAGGAACACGCAACUGUAGCGCUCAUGGAAGUCAUACUUUACAGAAACAUCUUCACUGAAGACCACUUCGCAGUGACAAGCGAGCAGCCACCAAGUCCUGAUUCUUCGAAGCGAUGUGACCUUGUGGUCAAUUACCUGGAUGUAUAUGACAAAAUUCGAACAUUUUGCUUCGCAGAGUGUAAACGGGCCCAUAUAAGCCAACCAUUCAGUCUCAGAUUGUUGGAGGAGCAGGCCAUGGACUAUUGCAAGGCAUAUGUGGAAUAUGAGGCUGCGCCUUUUGUUUACGCUGCCACAAUGGCUGGCGCUCAUAUCAGACUCUGGAAAUACACGCGGGGCGACAAAAGCUUUACUCCAUGGUGGGGCACCCCAGAUAAGGGAGCCUGGCAACAUUACAAGGACGUUGGUUCCGACGAGGAUAGCCAACUGAUUGAGCACACCUUCAACAAAAUGAAAAGAUGGCCGCCCACCGCGCACGCUGGACAGACUUCCAGCGACUAUUAA